CUCUCUCUCUCUCUCUCUCGCGCACGCACUGCACACACACACAAACUGACAGAGUCGGCUACCUACGGAGUCCCCACCCAUUGCUUCUAUCAAUCCACUAGCACACGGUCCAUACAUCCCAUUGUCCGUUUUCUUCUUUUGCCUUCACGUAUCUUGUUAAUGUGUCUCUGUAGCAGUUAACUAGCAGAAGGAGAGAGAGAGAGAGAGAGAGAGAGAAAUGUCUGAUGGUAAUCGAAGAUUUUUGAACGAUGAGCUCUCUAAACGAACCUCAAUCUUUGGUCUGCGUUUAUGGGUUGUCCUGGGUAUAUGCGUUGGUGCAGCAAUUGUUCUCGUUCUCUUUCUAAUCUCUCUCUGGUUCACCUCAAAACGUAACUACAAGAAGAAUUCAUCCAAACACAAGUCCUCUCAAAGACCGAUAAUCCCAAACAUCUCCAAAGAAAUUCAAGAAAUCCGAAUCGACACAUCUCGAUCCCACACUCACUCCAGCCAUGAAAACCCCAAGCUCCAUCAAGCUCCAAUUCCUGAACCCGUACCCGAAUCGAACCCAUUAGCUCGAAGUGAAGGACACGCUUUACUGGGUGAGGAUGAGAAUCCAACUGGGAACCAGAGAAUUCAUAUUGAGAUAGGGAAGGGACAUCGGAUUUCGUACCCGGAGCGAGUUGGUGGUGGUGGGUCGUCGAAUGGUAGUGGGGAGGCUAAGUCUGGUGAUCAAAUCGCUAUAGCGGUGCCUGAGGUGUCGCAUUUGGGGUGGGGACAUUGGUAUACUCUUCGAGAGCUCGAGGUUUCCACCAAUGGGUUUGCCGAUGAAAAUGUGAUUGGUGAAGGUGGGUAUGGAAUCGUGUACCAUGGUGUCUUGGAAGGUAAUAACCCAGUUGCUGUCAAGAAUCUGCUCAAUAACAGGGGACAAGCUGAGAGAGAGUUUAAGGUUGAAGUUGAAGCAAUUGGACGUGUUCGGCACAAGAAUUUGGUGAGGUUGCUUGGCUACUGUGCUGAAGGAGCUCAUAGGAUGCUUGUUUAUGAGUAUGUAGACAAUGGGAACUUAGAACAGUGGCUUCAUGGUGAUGUAGGGCCUUGCAGCCCUCUCUCAUGGGAUAUUCGUAUGACCAUCGUACUUGGAACAGCGAAAGGGUUGACGUAUUUGCAUGAGGGGCUGGAGCCUAAGGUUGUUCACCGUGACAUCAAGUCAAGCAAUAUUUUGCUUGAUAAGCAAUGGAAUCCGAAAGUGUCUGAUUUUGGCCUAGCCAAGUUAUUAGGCUCCGAGAGGAGCUACAUUACUACACGGGUUAUGGGAACAUUUGGCUAUGUUGCUCCAGAAUAUGCGAGUACCGGGAUGCUGAAUGAGAGAAGUGAUGUGUACAGUUUUGGGAUUCUUAUUAUGGAGAUCAUUACCGGGAGGAAUCCGGUGGAUUAUAGCCGACCUCCAGGGGAGGUGAACCUAGUUGAUUGGCUUAAAACAAUGGUUACAAACCGGAAUGCAGAGGGAGUUUUGGAUCCUAAAAUACCUGAAAAGCCUUCUUCGAGGGCAUUGAAGCGUGCCCUUUUAGUAGCUUUACGCUGUGUAGAUCCAAAUGCUCAAAAGAGGCCAAAGAUGGGGCAUGUGAUACAUAUGCUUGAGGCUGAUGAUUUCCCCUUCCGGGAUGACCGUAGAGGUGGACAUGGACGUUCACAUCGUGAUGGUAUGGAGAGGUUGAUGGAGAAGCGUGUGAUUGAAUCAGGUGACAGUAGUGGCUAUGAAAGUAGUGCCCAAACCAACAGAUCUCUGUGGAGAAAGCAAGAAACUGAUGAAGAGCAGUAGCCUCACCCCAAGCCAGCAUAAAGGUUAUCAAAGAAGAAGGAGACAGGAGCAGAGAGGUUUGUGUCCAAGG